GGUUUAGCCUAGUGACAAGUAUAUUUGGAGACAAGUAUAUUUGACUUACGUCGCCUCUCCUGGAACCAAUUACCGAUGUAAGGUGAGAUAUACCUGUAUUAUAAUUAUAGACAGUUCAAAUUGGAAAAUAUCUUCAUUCAGUUAGUAUCGAAUAAAAGAAGCAUUUAGCUUGAGUGAGGAAUCCCAUAAACAAGAAGAUUUUUUAAUAAAAAUAUUUAAAAAACCAAUGGAGUGAGAUAAAUUGUCUUUACCCAAUUGUACUAUUCACUAGUACACGGAAAAUAAUUCUCCUUUCUUUUCUGACUUCUGGAGGCUUAAAAAAUUCCAAGUCUGUAGACUGGUAUAAAAACAUAAAGGACAAACAGGCUAAUUUUAACAGAAAAAAUUUUUUAUUUAACACUAUAUUUUACCCUAAAUGCAUUUAGCCUUUUUUGGCCUCUUCAGCAGGGUUCCCUACAACUAGAACGUAACACAGUACAAUCAGAAUGUAAUACAGUAGAAGGCACAUUCUUAACACAAGUGCUAUCGCAUUUACAACUAUUAUGUAUUAUCAACUCUUCCCAGCAUUAUCACGCCAUUAUUUAAAUUCAUAACAUUAUUUUGCGUAAAUCCUUAAUGUGGGUUCCUGUUCUUGGUGAGGGGACUUCCCAGAGAUGGUUUAGUAACUCUUCUGUACCAUCCCUGGGAUCUGAACGCCCACCCACGUGUUUGCCAUGCAUGGUGCCCCGUAUGCCGGAAAGAGGGAUCUUGGUAGUUGAGGGGCAACGUAACGUCCCCAACACACUGCUUUGGCCCCUGCUUCGGAUAAACGGGAGGCUCAAAUCAGGCUCCGUUUGAGUCAAUCGGCUGGUCGUUGAGUCAUUCUUGACCUCGGCUUGGAGUCAACCGAUCGAUGCGGACUGGGCGGACAUUUCAUACAAAAUGUGCUCUUCUUGACUGCAUUGUGAGGGUAUAGCUCCUGGGAAACCCUGAUGUGACGGUCUAUGGGAGUCUCCCAUAUGACGGCAUCCGCUUGUUGGGCCCCAUGGUGGGUGGGGUCACUAAGAGCUGAAAUAUUAUUGUUUAAUCAUGGAUCCUAAAACUCCAAAAAAUAAAGAGAAACCAAAACAAACCAAUGUAAACACUGCCAGUCAGCCAUCCUACUUAAUAGUACAUGCUAUUGGAGAAAAAUCUUUGUUGAAAUGCUCUCCUUUUUUGAUUCAGAAGUUAUUUGAAUCAACAAUAGGGCACUUGAACAAAACACAAAAAUUGAGGUCAGGAGACCUACUUGUAGAAACUGCCUCACCUCAACAGUCGGCAAAACUUUUAGCUGCAAAGAAAUUGGGAGACAUUGAAGUCACAGUCACACCACAUGGAAGUCUAAACUCAUCACGUAGUGUGAUAUCUGAGGCAGGUUUGAUGUCAGAAGAUGAAUCAGAUAUAUUGAUGGGCCUUUCGGAUCAAGGUGUCACUAAUGUCCGACGCAUCUCCAUUUGUCGAGACGGCAGGGUGAUACCUACUAAACACCUAAUUCUGACAUUCAACAAGCCAACUUUGCAUCUGUUAUUACAGCAGGAUAUCUGCAUUGUCCAGUUCGACCAUACGUUCCAAACCCACUACGCUACUUCAAAUGCCAGCAGUUGGACAUUCACAGACAUCCUGCCGUGGCAAGAAUGUAUGUGCACAGUGUGGGGCUGAAGGUCAUGAGAGUACUGAGUGUACCUGUACCCCAUGUGUGUUAACUGCAAAGAUGCAAAUCCUUCCUAUUCCCGAAAAUGCCCUGCAUGGCAGAGAGAGAAAGAGAUUCAGUGCGUGAAAACAGUUAACAAUCUAUCUUACCCAGAGGCUCGGUGCAUGGUCACGUUAAGUGCACCUUUGAAACAGAGGACAUUUGCGGCUGUUUUGAAAUCCAAAAAGACAAGUGGAGUUUAAACGGAUAUUUCUGUUUCCCCAAAAGAAUCUCUUACUUGCCAUGCAAAAUAUUUGCAAAUCCAAUCAAAAGAAACUGAAGAAAAGGAGAGUACCAAGACAAAAACACCACUUCUUAAAGCAGCGGUAGUAACCAGAGAUGUGGGUUCAAAGAAAGCAAAUAAGAAUCCACUUAACAAACAAAAAUUAAAAGCAGCUCUCGCUAAAUCUAAAAGAUCAGAGAAUCAAUACAUGAGUGAGUUCUCUGAUAUCUCUGACGAAGAGCCUAAUAUGGACGUGAAAGAAACCAACAUCACCCCCAAAAGAAAAACACCCUGUGAAAUUAAAGGGGGAUGCCCUUGCUAAAAAUGCUGCCUCAAACACAAUGGAUUACAAAAUAAUCCAAUGGAACUGUCGUGGUUUCCACAACAACUUCUCUGACAUUAAACACUUGACAUCGUCUACCCCAUCUCUCUGCAUGGCACUCCAGGAAACCCAUCUAAAACCUGGAGAAAAAAAUCUCUUUAAGAGGAUUUGAUCUCUACCGCAAGGAUGAUGAUAGCCACACCCGUGUCAGUGGCAGAGUGGCUAUUUUGGUUUCAAAUCGCAUCCCAUCCUUACCGGUACAAAUAACCACUGAUUUGCAAGCUGUGGCAGUCAGAAUUUCUAUUAUAGUAAUGUCACAGUUUGUUCUAUAUACUUGCCACCAGACGUCAGAGUCAAUGAGG